AUUCUAUCUCCAUUUCUCUCUCUAAAAAAAUUUACAAAAAGGAGAGAAUCACUGUUUCUUUUUCUCAAUAUCUGCUUUCAGGAGAUAUAUUAGAGAGCCCCAGCUGAUGCCGUCUCUCCUAGUUUCAGUCUCAGGGCGUCAACCUAUGGAUUCCCUUGAAGCAAACAACACCGCUGCAGCCACCUUAACUUCCCCUGCUGCUUCUCCUGUUCAAGAUUCCCCUUCGUCUAAUUCUUUUAGAAGUCCUCCUGUAUUGACAUCACCUCAGUCAGGCAAGAGAAAUGACACAGGGACCAAUGUUGAUGGAGCCUCGUCCUUGUGUCCACAAGCUCAACAGAGCCUUGAACAAGGGUCAAGCUUUGAUCUCAAACCAACGAAAAAUGGAGAGGACAAAGGUACCUGCACAGAGUGGCUACAUAAUGAAUUCCCACACCAAGUACCUGACUCUGAUCACAGCCAACUUGCUUCCAAUGAACAACAAUGUUCAGAUUCUGGGGUUCAGGGCAUGUAUAAACAUGAGAGUAGGUACAAUUUCUCCAAUGAAAUGCUCCCUGAUCCUUUGUGCUGUGUUCAGGCAUAUGACAACAUUGAUGAUAAUAUGGUGCAGCAUGUUGAGGCCAGUGAAGAUCAAAAUGGUAUGACAAGGCCUUGCCUCCAAUUUAGAGAACAACGUCCCACGAUUACAAGAAACUACACCACUUCUUCAAAUAUAGCAACUCAAGUUACUAAUUCAAGACCACUCUGCACAACUUCAGGGACAGAGAAUUUGAGUUCAUUAAUAACAAGCAGAAACAAGCAGCUAGGUAACUCCUCCCAACAUGUGACAACCAUGCGCCCGGAUCAUUCUCUCUUCACCGUUCCCAAGAUACCAGCCACUGGCUUGCCACUUAACAGCACUGCUAAUGCUUCCCAAAUGGAUUGUGGUGGAACGGAAAGCAUGAAACUAGAAGCGGAUGUUUUGUGUAUGCAAGGAUCAAAUUUGGGAUCUGUCACAAACUACCAUCAUCUGGAAACCAUGAAGUGUUGGUCAACUGAAGUUGACAAAAUUUCAGCCAGUCCAGGGGGUGGAACACUUUAUGGUAGGCCUUGUUUUGUACAAGGUUCUAAAACUUCCGAGUCAUUCCACAAUAUGGAACUAAUUGAGCAGCAUUCGACUCCACACGCAAAAACGGAUGUUAACUCAGAGAAUGUAGAGGGUUGUGAGGAGUUUAACCAACAAAGCACUAAAAAGAAAAGGCAAAAAUCAUCAAACACAAUUUCCGAUCAGGAUUGCAAACGUUGUAAUUGCAAAAGGACCAAAUGCUUGAAACUCUAUUGUGCUUGUUUUGCUGUUGGGAUCUUUUGUGAAGGAAAUUGUGCUUGCAAAUGGUGCAUGAACAGACCUGAAUACGAAGAUACAGUUCUUGGGUCAAGGCAACAAGUUGAAUCUCGUAAUCCUUUGGCGUUUGCUCCCAAGAUCAUAAGCAGUGUACAAAACAUCUCUCUUUCUAGCUUUGUCUUUCUUGCUUGGAAACUUUAUCAUUGCAUUUCUACUCCACAGGAAGAUGGAAAUAAGAUGAAACAAUCCUCAGGAAGGCACAAAGAAGGGUGCAAUUGCAAGAAGUCAAUGUGUCAGAAAAAGUAUUGUGAAUGCUACCAGGCCAAAGUUGGUUGCUCCAGCGCAUGUCGAUGUGACGGAUGUAAAAAUGUUUUUGGCAGGAAGGAAGAUUAUGGUGUGACUGAAGAAAUGGGAAGCAACAGAGCCACUGAAGAUACAAGGGCAGUAUCACUUGAGCAGAAACUAGGAACAGGAUCACUUGAUCUGCACCAUCUCACACCCAUGCCGCCUUCAUUCUACUACUUAGACCAUGCAAAAGAUGUACCAAAAUCUGGACCUCUCUCCAGGAGAUGCCUUGUGUCACCCCCAUCUGGCAUUACAGUCCCAUCAUCUUAUGUAAAACGUCUGAGAUCUCUAAAAAAUGCUGAUGGCAAUGGCUUGUUUCAGGAAACAGGGAAACAAAUUUUGGGUCAUAGUUCUUUUAGUCGACAAAUGGAUUACAACAAUGCUGAUACACUUACUGACAUACAUGAUCAUAGUCCACUGCCAAGUCAUCCUUCAAUUUUCAUGGCCUUUUCAGCAUCGUCUACGGGGUUUAGCUCUCAUGGUCGACCUUACGAUAUCUUGGAAGAUGAAAUGCCUGACAUCUUGAAAGACACUACCAACCCCAUUGCACCUGUUAAGGUAAGUUCCUCAAUGGCAAGUGAGUUUCCACCUUCCCCCUCUCACGCCUUGCAUUGAUUUGAAAGGCAGCAGCUCUCAAAACAAAGAGCAAUUUUGAGGAAAAUGGUAGCAAUAGUUACUUACUAAAGCUUCAAAUUUUUUUGGCCGGCUCUCAAAACUACAAUUUGGGUUUGUCUUUGUUGCAUCUUUACUUAGCAAUAUAAUGUGUGAAUACUU